UUGAAAAGAUGGUUCUUCCUUUGAACUACUUCUUUGGCUUCCCUGCUGUGCUUCUAUACCAUUGGAUGGGAGCAACUUUAUCUCUGAACCUUGAGGAUCCAAAUGUGUGUAGCCACUGGGAAAGUUACUCCGUCACAGUGCAAGAGUCAUAUCCACAUCCUUUUGACCAAAUUUACUACACCAGUUGUACUGACAUCCUAAACUGGUUUAAGUGCACACGACACAGAAUCAGUUACCGAACUGCCUACAGACAUGGCGAAAAAACAAUGUACAGACGUAAAUCCCAGUGCUGUCCUGGGUUUUAUGAAAGCAGGGAAAUGUGUGUCCCUCACUGUGCUGAUAAAUGUGUCCAUGGUCGUUGUAUUGCUCCAAACACCUGUCAGUGUGAGCCUGGGUGGGGAGGACCCAAUUGCUCCAGUGCAUGUGACAGUGACCACUGGGGACCUCAUUGCAGCAGCCGUUGCCAGUGCAAAAACGAAGCCUUAUGCAACCCCAUCACUGGAGCCUGCCACUGUGCAUCAGGUUUCAAAGGCUGGCGCUGCGAGGAACGUUGUGACCAAGGGACAUAUGGGAACGACUGCCAUCAAAAAUGUCAGUGUCAAAAUGGAGCCACCUGCAACCAUGUGACUGGAGAGUGCAGAUGUCCUCCUGGAUACACUGGUGCCUUCUGUGAGGACCUCUGCCCGCCGGGGAAGCACGGGCGGCAGUGCGAGGAGAGGUGUCCCUGCCAGAACGGAGGCGUGUGCCACCACGUCACAGGGGAGUGUGCCUGCCCGCCCGGAUGGAUGGGCACAGUCUGUGGUCAGCCUUGUCCUGAGGGUCGUUAUGGAAAAAACUGUUCCCAAGAGUGUCAGUGCCACAAUGGAGGGACCUGUGACUCAGCGACAGGUCAAUGCCAUUGCAGCCCAGGCUACACAGGCGAACGAUGUCAGGACGAGUGCCCCGUGGGGACAUUUGGAGUACAGUGUGCUGAGACCUGCCGGUGUAUGAAUGGUGGGAAAUGCUACCAUAUUAGUGGUGCAUGUCUCUGUGAACCAGGAUAUACAGGAGAGCACUGUGAAACAAGGCUCUGCCCUGAGGGAAUUUAUGGUCUCAAGUGCGACAAAAAGUGUCCUUGUCACUUGCCAAAUACCUUCAGCUGUCACCCAAUGUCUGGGGAAUGCUCCUGCAAGCGAGGCUGGUCUGGGCUCUACUGCAACGAGACGUGUUCACCAGGAUUUUAUGGCGAGUCUUGUCAGCAGAUUUGCAGCUGCCAAAAUGGUGCCGACUGCGACAGUGUGACUGGAAAAUGCAUCUGUGCCCCUGGAUUUAAGGGUGCUGACUGUGGUACUCCUUGUCUUCCGGGAACAUAUGGAGUAAAUUGUUCUUCUGUGUGCAACUGCAAAAAUGAAGCCAUCUGUUCACCAGUGGAUGGUUCUUGUACCUGCAAAGCAGGUUGGCAUGGUGUAGACUGCUCGAUAAAUUGUCCCAGCGGUACCUGGGGACUUGGCUGCAACUUGACUUGCCAGUGCCUCAAUGGAGGGGCUUGCAAUGCUCUGGACGGAACCUGUACCUGUGCCCCUGGGUGGAGAGGAGAAAAAUGUGAACUCCCUUGCCAGGAUGGUACGUAUGGCAUGGGCUGUGCUGAGCGCUGUGACUGCAGCCACGCAGAUGGAUGUCAUCCAACCACUGGUUACUGCCGCUGCCUACCAGGAUGGUCAGGUAUACACUGCGACAGUGUGUGUGCGGAGGGACAGUGGGGCCCUAACUGCUCCUUGUCUUGUUACUGCAAAAACGGAGCCUCGUGCUCUCCCGAUGAUGGCAUCUGCGAGUGCGCGCCGGGCUACAGAGGCACCACGUGUCAGAGAAUUUGUUCCCCUGGGUUUUAUGGACACCGUUGCAGCCAGACAUGCCCCCAGUGCGUGCACAGCAGUGGUCCCUGCCAUCACAUUACUGGAUUAUGUGACUGCUUACCUGGAUUUACAGGAGCCCUUUGUAAUGAAGUGUGUCCCAGUGGCAGAUUUGGCAAGAACUGCAUUGGAAUCUGCACAUGCACCAACAACGGCACAUGUAAUCCUAUCGACCGGUCUUGUCAGUGCUACCCUGGCUGGAUUGGCAGUGACUGCUCCCAGCCUUGCCCACCUUCUCACUGGGGACCCAACUGCAUCCACACGUGCAACUGUCACAACGGAGCUUACUGCAGUGCCUACGAUGGGGAGUGCAAGUGUACCCCCGGGUGGACUGGCCUUUACUGUACUCAACGAUGUCCCCUGGGGUUUUACGGGAAGGAUUGUGCCUUGAUCUGCCAGUGUCAGAACGGAGCUGACUGCGACCACAUAACGGGGCAGUGCACCUGCCGCACGGGCUUCAUGGGGAAACACUGCGAGCAGAAAUGCCCCCACGGUACCUAUGGAUAUGGAUGCCGGCAGUUAUGUGACUGUCUGAACAACUCAACGUGUGACCACAUCACGGGGACGUGUUACUGCAGCCCAGGCUGGAAGGGAGCCAGGUGUGAUCAAGCUGGUGUGAUUAUAGUGGGAAACUUGAACAGUUUAAGCCGUACCAGCACUGCCAUGCCUGCUGAUUCUUACCAGAUAGGGGCUAUAGCAGGCAUCAUCAUUCUUGUCCUCGUUGUGCUUUUCCUGCUAGUGCUGUUCAUCAUUUACAGACACAAACAGAAAGGGAAAGAAACGCACAUGCCUGCAGUGACCUAUACCCCUGCUAUGAGGGUCAUUAAUGCAGAUUACAACAUUGCAGAAACCAUCCCUCAUGGUAACGGUGGAAAUGCUAACAGUCACUACUUCUCCAACCCUAGUUAUCAUACUCUAACACAGUGUACCACCCCACCACAUGUGAACAACAUGGACAGGCUGACCCUGGCAAAGUCAAAAAACAACCAGCUGUUUGUGAAUCUUAAAAAUGUGGAACCUGGAAAGCGAGGCACUGUCAUGGACUACACAGGAACGCUGCCUGCAGACUGGAAGCACGGUGGUUACCUCAAUGAGCUUGGUGCCUUUGGACUUGAUAGAGGAUAUUUGGGGAAAUCUCUGAAAGAUCUAGUGAAGAACUCAGAAUACAAUUUAAGUAAUUGCUCAUUAAGUAGUUCCGAAAACCCGUAUGCCACUAUAAAAGACCCGCCAGUUCUUUUACCAAAAAAUUCUGAAUGUGGAUAUGUUGAAAUGAAGUCACCGGCACGCAGGGACUCCCCAUAUGCUGAAAUUGCCAACUCUGCUUCAGCCAAUAAAAAUGUUUAUGAAGUUGAACCUACGGUGAGCGUUGUCCCAGGAGCCUUCGGAAACAGUGGACAUUUCGGCCAGGACCCUUACGAUCUUCCAAAAAACAGCCACAUUCCGUGUCACUAUGACUUGCUACCGGUUCGAGAUAGCCCUACGUCCUCUACGAAGGAGGUCGGCAGCGAAUGA